AUGAGCGAGAAAGAGUCGCCAUCUCCAAAGCUUGAAAACAAAAAAGAGAAGAAUGAACAAGAUGAAACCGGUAACAAAGAAGAAAAAGAUUCUCAAGAUGAUACUGCUAAAAAGCUGAAAAUGAAGGACACUUCCAAGUUUACUAUGAACAGUAUUUUAUCACCAUUGGAAAGUUUGGCUCGUGUACAGCAACAACUACUAAAAAUGGCGGCUGCACAGUCCGGAUUUGUUGGAGGAUCAGGUGGAUCAAGUGCCAGUGCAAAUGGAUUUCCUUAUGGGCCUGCUCGUCUUGCAGCCAACUAUUUCGGGGGACCAAUUCCAGGGUAUAACGGUUCUCAAGGAAAUUGGUAUAAUGGGAACGAUGCUCGUUUUGCGGCAGCAGCAGCCUUACUCCCAUGCACUAUGGACCCAGUUCGCUCUGCUAUAAAUCAUCAGUUUUCAAUGAGUUCAAUGAGUCAAAGAAGAAAAAGGAGAGUAUUGUUUAGUCAAGCACAAGUUUAUGAACUGGAGAGAAGAUUCAAGCAAGCAAAGUAUCUGACGGCUCCAGAAAGAGAACAACUUGCCAACUCGAUUCGGCUGACUCCAACUCAGGUGAAGAUAUGGUUUCAAAAUCAUCGAUACAAAUGUAAAAGACAAGAAAAAGAAAAAGCAAUGAGUGGAUUAGGUCAGAGUGACGAUGGAAGUUCACCUCCUCCUGGAGAUGACGAUGAUGAUGACAAGUAUUCAAUUGAAAUGGAUGAUAAAGAUGAUGAAGAAGAAGCUACAAAACCUAUCUUAAAGUCGAGUGGAGUUUUUGGAUUACCAUAUCCUGGGCCAGCAAAUGCCGCAGCAGCUGCUGCCGCGGCGGCUGCUGCAUUCAACUUCCCAUUUUCGGCUCAAGGACCAAAUCCAGCUUACUACAUGAGGUGGUGA